AUGGUCACUACAGCUAUGAGCCCCGCCUCCGUUAAGGUUGACAGCCCUUUCAAGAUUCAAAACCCAGGCGGAGACUGGCGUGACGAGCUCGAGACCAAGGGCUACUGCGUGGUUAAAGGAGCCAUUCCGCCAGCGAAGGCUGAGUACUACCAGCAAAAGGCCUUUGACUGGCUCAAGUCCUUCGACGAUUCCCUUGACAUCAACGAGCCUUCAACAUGGAAAGACGCCAAGUUCCCCGUUCAGACGGAUAAGAAUACCUAUGAGAACUACAGUGUUGUUCAUGAGCGCUUCAUGUGGGAGGCGCGACAGGAGCCGGGCGUGCUUGACGCUUUCGCCAAGAUCUGGGGGACUGACAAACUGAUUGUGUCGUUCGACUCGCUGAACAUUACUCUUCCUAAUCUCAAGGAAGCGCGUGCACCCUGGCCACACGUCGAUCAAGCGCCGCGCAAGCGCGGGCUGCAUUGUAUUCAGGGGAUCAUUAACCUGAGCCACGCGGGCCCUGAAGACGGGUCUCUUUGCGUCAUGGACGGAUCCGCUGCGCUCGUGGAGGAGUUCUUUGAUAAGGAGACCGACCCGGCAACGUGGGAAUGGAAGGACAAUCGGUACUUCGACGACAAGGAUAUGGAAUGGUUCAAGGCACGGGGUGUGCGUCCGGUCAAAGUCGAGGCCGAGCCUGGUGAUCUCAUUCUCUGGGACUCCAGAUGCAUCCACUGGGGCGGCGAGCCGACGAAGAAGAGCGACGUGGUGCGUACUGUCAUCUACGCGGCGUAUACGCCUGCUGAGCUCGCAUCGAAAGAGGCUCUCGAGGAGAAGAGCAGGGUAUUUCGGGUGAAUGGGGCGACGACACACUGGCCUCACGACAACAUCAAGCUCAGAGACAUGCAAGCGCGCCUUCCUGAUGGUACCGUCGACCCUCGCAACCGCUCCGAACCUCUGGAGAAGCCGAUUCUCAGCGACCAGCUGCUCAGACUUGCCGGUGUGAGAGCAUAUUAG